AUGUAUUCGACGGUCGCCCCUGUCAGCGUGCCGCUGCCCAGUCAAAGGAAGCUUCUCAACGACCUGGGCACCCGGAGGCAUACUGAACCCGAGGUAUUCACUUUCGACCGAAUCCCGGAACUCAGGUAUGGGCGCAGAUGCAAGAGGAAGUCACUGAAAGUCCUUUAUCCAAUUUACCAGCCCCGGAAGACUGUACCUGCUAAGAAGGAUGUUGCAAAGAGACUUCUGUUUCUCCUGCUCUCCAUUGUUGCUCUGCAGGUCCACCUCACAACAGAACAACCCGAUGAUGUACUUGUGGUCUCAGAGGAAGUGACUGUGGAAACUGGCAGUGAACUCUCCCUCCCUGCCUGGCUGCUUUGGAUGCCUUGUUCCACUUCAGCUUUGCUUAAGACACUGAUACGAGUUGAAGUGAAUAUUACCUGUCCAAAUGGCCAUCCAGCCCACAUGAGCACUUGAGGGCUCAACUUUAGGAGCAGCUGUAUAACAUCCAGUUGUUUACUUGGAAAUCGAUCUCAUAACCUGAAGCAGAAAUUCAACUGUGGGAAAAUCUCAUGGGACUGAAGUUAUGAACUUUGAGGACUGGGAAAUUGGGCUAAGCACCACAGAAUGCAAGCCUUUGGAUUUGGCUGACUUGGACUUGCCAAAGGUGGGGUGGGUGGCAGGGGGGAGAAGAGUGGCUUUGUUCCAGCCAGAGCCUCCUGUUGGCUACAAGUACAAGGUUAUAAGUGGGGUGGGGGUGACAAGAUCAACUAUUUUAUACAAAAAAGCAGCUUCACUCUAAAGAUAUCCAUGAAAUAGACAUUCAUGUUGUAAUUCUAAAAUCAGAUGAUACUUUGCUGCCACCUAGAGUAUUAAUUUGCCACCGUUUUAAGGAUUUUGUUAGAGGUUGCAGUGUUAAAAUUAAUAUAGCCAAGAAACACGAUGUGUAUUUUAAUGCUCAUACCUUGUGGUUUGCAUUGCAUCUUGUCCUGAUUUUAUUUUUGAGCAAGCUUUUGCUUGUAACCCUUCUAUAAGGGAUCUGGGUGUUCCAGUCCAUGGCUCACUGAAAGUGGCUGCAUGUAGAUAGUGGCAAGAUGUAACAUGUUUUCCUCACUAGUUGAACUCAAGUCAGAAAGUUGCAUUUUUUUUUAAACAAGCUAUGGGAUUGGCUUUGUUUAGUAUCAUAGAUGGCCAGCCAAUUAUAGGAAGAAUGUAUAGACUUUCAGGGUGCAGAAGUAGUUUGGGUGCUGCCUGGGUUAGCAGACAUAUUCUAUGAGAGGAUGAGUGGAUUUGGGUUUUCUCUGGAGUGAACAGGGCUGAAGGGAGACCUGGUAGAUGUUUAUGAUUGAGGCAUGGAUGGCCAGUAUCUUUCUCUGGCUGAAGGCUGAUUCUGGAGUGCAUUUAAGGUGAGGGGCCAAGGUCAAUGAUGUGCAGAACUGGUGUUGAGGUGAGUGGCUGGAAUGUCCUAGUUGCAACAAGUACAGUAGCUGUUUAUGACCUUGGAGUUCCUGAAUCUGCAGAAAAUGGAGGGAUGUGGACCAUGUAUAGGUAGAAGAGAAUGCUUUAGUAGGUGUUUAACUAGUUCGGGUCCACAGAUCCCUCUGUUAUUGGGCCCAUGGUAUAAAAUAAGAUCAGGAACCUCUAAAUCAUUUAACUAUUCUGAUGGGGAAAAAUGAGGGUGGAAGGGCUUGUUCCUGUAUUCUAUAUUGAAUGAGAUCAACUCUUGGAAGUUUCCAUGAUACAUAUUGUGUAAUUGGUUAACUGAGAAUUGGGUAAUUUGCAAUCUUAAUGCUAGUAUCUAGUUUGAGAUGUAAGGUAGCUGGUUGCCCUUUAAAACUCUGGUGGAAGUGGAUGAAGAAAAAUACUUGAUGCACACCCCACCCUCCCAAUCCGCUCAUUAUGGUUUAAAAAUCCAAUUUCAUUCCCUCGGAGCAGCUAAAGAGGUAUUUCUUUUUCGGCUUCAGAGACCCAGGUUCGUAAGUCAGGAGCAGAAUUGGGCCAUACAGUUGAUUCAGUAUGCUUCAUCAUUCCAUCAUGGCUGAUUUAUUAUCCAACUCAACCCCAUUCAUCUUCCAUUCUCCCAGUAAUCUUUGGCCUUGCUAUUCAAGAGCCAAUCAAUCUCUGCUUUAAAUAUACCCGAUCACCUGGCCUUAAUUCCACAGAUUCACCACCAUCUGGUUAAAGAAUCUCUGUUCUAAAGGGACCUGCUUCUAUUAUGAGACUGUGUGCCCUCUGGUCUACUAUAGAAAGCAUCCUCUCCACUUCCAUCUUCUCUAGGCCUUUCAACUUUCAGUAGGUUUCAAUGAGGUCCCCUCUCGCUCAGUGCUGGCAGUGUUGAGUUUGUGUUCUCGCUGUAACUCUUGGCUUCCCAAAAAAUCAUGCAGCUGAUAAGUUGAUCACAAUUGUGAGAAAUUCUGCAGAUACUGGAACCCUUGAGUGGUAGAAUCUGGAGUGUUUAUUGAUGUGGGGAGGAGUUCAGUGGGAAAAAUAGAUGGGGGGAUUUGAGUUGACAUGGUCUUGUCCUGAAAUGAUCUGCUAUUGAGGGAAUGGAAAGGAGUGCUGUUGGUGGACCUCAAUGCAUAAAGAAGAACAAGACCAUAUUUCAACUUGAAGUCUCUGCUUGGAAACAGGGUGGUUCCUAGUAUCCAUCACAAUAAUCUGUGUUUCCCACCAUACUCUGCACUUGAGGAUGUAAGAUUUUCAUUAUGGAUUUUGACUUUUCAGUAAUGCACUGGAAGUAUAAGUGAGGUUGAUAUAACCAAAAGUUUGAGUAUUCCUGGAAAUUAUUUUAAUUUGAAUGUUCUAUUUGUCUAUUUUUUUUGUUAUCAUAUGAUUGAGUUGACAUGGCAAGGACUGUUUUGGGGCAGGGGUCAAGUGUGUUCACCACUAAGGCAAAAAUGACAACCUCAUUAGUCAUCUGUCACAAUUGGGUUUGAGAAUCCUGAAUUUGUUCAAGAAACUAGUUCCUCUUCUUAAAAUACCCUCAAUCUUUCCCAAUCAACUUCCGUUUAGAGUUCCUGUUUGUAACACGAGCCAUGGAAAUUUUUGUAAAUUAAUACUUGGAUAUCAACUAAUGCAAUUUUAAUUUAUUCAGUGUCAUGCCUUGAGUAUUUAUUUGCAUAUUUUGUAGUAUACAGAAGAAUCUUUUUUAAAGCUUUGUUUUGAAAGUAAUUUCAUUGAACAAUGAUGGUAAUUAAAUUUUCAAAUAAUAAAACUGUAUAUUUUAAAAAUUGUUUUAGUUUCACCCUUUUCUGUACCUAAAUAAAAGGGUUAACAUGUGAGAAGUGUUUGAUGGCUUUAGGCCUGUACUUGCUGG